GCCGCGCGAGACGGACGUGUGCGCGCAUCCUGAGAGCGUCGCGUGCCAAGCGCGAGCCUGAAACGCAAGGAUGAAACCACCACCCCUGAGCUGAGUAUAUAAAGUCCAGAGACACAUCUGUCCUGAGGAGAAGCGCACCACUCUCUGUUCCACCACACGUCGCAGAUGCUGUCGGCUUUUGUAUUAAAUUUUUGACACAUUUUUUAGUCUAGUUUCAGACUUUUCAAUCCUCAAAGCGAAAGGAAAACGUCCUGGAUUUACAUAAGCUGUACCUUUUCUGUCACAAUUCGUGUAGUGCCAGACAUCAUGAUUCCUCCUGGAGACUGUAUGUAUGCUGGGAGGAAGAGGAGAAAGCCCAUUCAAAAGCAAAAACCAACAGGAGUGAACCAGAAGUCGAACCCGUCGAAGAGACACCGGGACCGACUUAAUGCCGAGUUGGAGCGACUGGCCAGUCUGCUGCCCUUCACUCCAGAGGUCAUCUCCAAACUGGACAAGCUGUCGGUUCUUCGUCUCAGCGUGAGCUAUCUCCGCGUCAAGAGCUUCUUUCAAACCAUUCAGGAGAAAACGAGCAAAAAGCAAAGCCCUGCUUCCUGCAGUCCUGAACCCAAGAAACACAACAGCAUUCUGGAAAGCGAUCUUCUUCUGGAGUCUUUGACCGGCUUUGCGCUGAUUGUUAGCUCGGACGGAGUCAUCUUCUACGCUUCCUCUACGAUUGCAGACUAUCUUGGCUUCCAUCAGACUGAUGUAAUGCACCAGAACAUCUUUGAUUAUAUCCAUGUGGACGAGCGGCAGGAGUUCAGAAGACAGCUGCAUUGGGCUAUGAAUCCCCAGCAGGAGCACCACUCUUCCUCAGGAUCUGAUGAAGACUAUGUGGUGAGAAGUCUGUUUAAUGCACACGAGCAAGACAGCGUGCCUCCUGAACUUUCUCCGUUCCUCACUCGCUGUUUCAUCGCUCGCGUACGCUGCCUGCUCGAUAACAAAUCCGGCUUCCUGAGGAUGCAGUUCCAGGGCAGUCUGAAGUUCCUCCAUGGCCAGAAGAGGAAGAAUAAAUCUGGUGCUGUGCUUCCACCUCAGCUGGCCCUGUUCUGUGUGGCCGUGCCACUUGUCUUGCCCUCCAUCACCGAGCUCAAAAUAAAGGGCAUGAUGAACAAGCAGAAAAGCUCCAACAUCAGUGAGAAGAGGAACCACAUCACACGCACCCCUUGUGAUGCUGGCGACAUGCCGCUCAACUGGCACAGCGAAUCGUGGCCGACUCUCCCCAAAGAAGGCAUCCAGUAUAAAGACGAAGGUUUCUACACCCAAGAGGAGCCCCUUAACUUCUGCAUGUCUUCUACGCCUGUCCCUAAAGUGCAGCCUACACAAAGCCCCUGGGACUCUCGUUGUCACUCACACGGCAGCUACUUUGGCAGUAAACUGGGGAAGCACAUGCAGUUGGGAAAAUUCCGCUUCUCCUCAGCCAUGUCGCAGUGUAAGCCGUAUGGGCUCACUGAUAAGGAAGGGUACUGUGGGUACAGGAAGACUGAGAACAGAUACAUGGGCAGCAACGAUUGUUAUGGAAACCUACUGCUGCCCGAGGCUGCUAUAAAGACGGAGCAUGACUCCGACUCAGAGAAUGGAUGCAGCAUAUACCCCAGCACCCCCCAGAACGGUGUCUGGCGCUACAGCACGCCCUUCCCGGACAUGAACCAAGUGAAAACAGAAGCUGAAUAUGACGAGUAUUAUUGCAAGCCGAGUGUCACAAACAUAUCAAGUAUCAACGGACACCACAAAUAUCUCUACACCGGAGCAAGCAGGCCGCUCAAAUGUGUCCUUAAUAAAGACCAUUCUGAUACACAUAGCCUUCCGGGAACAAACUGCCAUGCGUAUAGCUCUGAGUCCAGGGUCUUUAUGCAGCCCGACUAUAAGCUGAGCUACGAAGUCAGGAACCACAGUCUUCUUCACUCCAUCAAAAGAGAACCCAUGGACUCUCUGCCUUGGACUGAUGGCAGCCAUGAUGCUAUUCAAGAACACGUGGACAGAAAUGAGCCCAGUUGUGCCCUAAACCCAGUGGUCCACAAAACUAGUGCCUAUUUGUAUAUGCAAUAAUCCUUAGCGACAAAUGAAACAUUUUGAAGCUCAGGUAUAUGUCUUAUUAAUGACAGGUGUAGUAACACUUGUUUUUAAGGGCUAGUUCUAUUGCACUUUAAAAAAUAUUUAGUAUUUUCUAUGUAAUAUUUGUAGCAUAACCUUCACAGUUACCUGAUCUUGAAUUUUAUGGAUUUUCAUCAUAUAAAGUUUGGGAUUAUAUUGUCUAUCUUAUAUAAUUACUUCUUUUCUAAAGUUUGAUUUACAAAAACUACAGACUACAAUUAGAAGGAAUGAAGGAUAAUUAUGGGAUACUAUUUAUACCACAAGGAAAUCGUUAUUCUGAUUGGUCAGUUGGUAUUGAAUCAUUUUCUUUACCAUCGUGGACUCGAAUGCAUUAUCAAUUCUAUAGUAAUAACUCUAGGAGCAGAAGAACAUCGCUGGAAGACGACGAGAGAUCGGGAAGACCUCCAACGAGCUCAACUCCCAAAAAUGACAAAACCAUUCGGCAACUUGUGCAUGAUGAUCAUCGGAGAACAAUCCACAAAAUCUCACUUCCACACCCACCCUACUCACCAGAUUUGGCUCCUGUGGACUUUGCCCUCUUUCCGAACAAUGAAGAUCCAACACAGAGGUCACGUUUUGACAACAUUGCAGAGAUGCAGUGCGAAUUGCAGAAAGAGCUUGACACGCUUUGAAAAAAUACUUCCAGGACACAUAACAGGAGUGACAAGAACAUUCUAAAUGCUGUAUUGCUGUGCAAGGGGACUGUUUUGAAGGUGAUAGUGUGUAAACAUUGAUAAAUGAAGUACUUUCUUGUAAACAGACCUAGUCUCGAAUAUUUUUGAUACCACCUUGUAGUCUUUGGUGAAGAUUUUUAUAAGGAGAUGUUUAUUUAACUGUUAUAGAACGAGUCUUCAGUGUCAGCACUUGAGGUGAGUUUUCAGCACAGGAAGUAACUUAAGAAGGUUAUUUCAGUUUGCUCUUUAGAAUAAGAGAAAAAAAAAACAUCUGUUUACAGCUGCUAUAGCAAAAGUGAUAACAGGACCAAGUUUUUUCUUACAAAUUAUUUCGACUAUUAAUACGACAAAUGCAUUAAUUCUGGAAGAUUUAGUUUGCUGUCAACCAAAAACUAUUUGUAAACUGUGUAUUUUGUUCAUUUUCAGCAUCAAUGUUGCUGUUAACACAAGUCAACAGGGAAAUGUGUCGAUGCAAAACAGUAUUUUUGUUCUGUCAGCUAGAAUCUGUUUUGUCUGUUUGUGUACAAAUGGGAUUUUUCCAUUGAAAAUUCAGUUCUGGGAUUUUGUCAUUUCAUUUUAUUUCUUUAUUUCAAAUGUAUUUAAAAAGUAAGAUUUGAAUCAAAGGUCUCAAACAUGAUGAUGGAUAAUGCCUGCAGUACAAUCUCCUGUUUCCUUUUCAUCUGAUCGAGAGCAACAUUUCAUCCGAGGACGAAGAUGCUCCUGGCGUCAGAUUUGCAUGUGCGUGCAAAAGCGUGCAAGCGACAGUGUGCACUCAUGUGACUCUGUGUGUGUGUGUGUGUGUUUGUAUUUGUAUAUUAUCAUAAUGCGAUUAAAAGAAUUGCCUAAUGUCUGAAUAAUUUAA